GUUACAGUCUGGCGGCCAUAUUGGUCGAUCAUUUCUGGUUCUAGUACCCGUGAGGCGGUGACAGUAAACAUUGUCAAAAUUCCUCUGCACUCACCAGUAACAAUGCCUCUGGCACUGAAUGCCGAUCCAUGGCGUCGAAUUGAAGUAGCCCAUGAAACUGAGGUACACGCUUUCUAUAUAUGAAUAUAAGCCAGAGGAUGAUUUGUUGAAGUGCAAUCUCAUUCGGGAAGAAAAAAGUACCGACGGAUUUAAUUCAUUCAUUCAUUUUCGUGGCCGCUUAACCCGCUUCCGCUAAGCCUAAGCCAAUACAGCGCAUAGUGAUAGCAGUAGUUGUAGUAAUAGCCAUUCAUAUCAAACUAUUAUGUCUAAUAUUAUAAGUGUUCUGCAUUAAGUAUGAUUAAUAGAAUCACCGGCUUGUUUAAAAGUUUGGCAGAAUUUAAAUUGUUAUAAAUUUCAUAAGCUUUUCUUUCUUUUAAAAUAAUUUGUUUUAAAAAAUGUAGGAUUGCAAUUGCAUAAAAAGAAAAUUUGGGGGCCAGGCUACCAAUUUGGGGAAUAAAACAAUUAACUUUAAACAAACGGGGGUGUUAUAAGCCUGACAAAAGUGGUUGGUACUGGUAGUCGGUAAUUGUUGAGGGCGAUGCCUGGGGUUUCCCAUCAUGGCUACCAUCUUUGUUGACAUGAUCCGUGAGUAGGUCACGGACCAUGUCAACCAAGAUGGCGGCCAAGUAAAAAAAAAGUAGUGCAAAGACAUGUGCUGGGAAAAAGGGAACGGUUGGGGAGAAUGCGCUUAUCAACUACUUACCGAAAGAUGAAAAAAUAAGCAAUUCUGCUAGAAAAUUUGGUUAAAUUUUAUUUUUAAAAAGCGAAACCACGCAAAUAUAUAGAAUUUUUUAAAAAUGCGUUUUAAGAUAAAAUAUAAAAUUUAAAGAAAUUGAAAAAAAAAAUUUUUCUGAAAAAGCAAAAACAAAAAAAAAGUUUGAAAUUUGGUUAUUUGUAGAUAAAUUUGGGGUAAAUUUACGCAGAUUAUGGACGUUAAAUUUACCGCCCGUUUUUGGAAUCUUCUGGAAACUCAGGGCGAAAGGAGUGUGAUGGAUUGGGUAAUGAAUGAUGGUCUUAUUGCAGACCGGUACGAAUGUCCUAAUUGUAAGAAGGGCAUGAAAUUGUGUGCAAAAUAGGGUGUUUCAGAUGGCUUUGCAUGGAGAUGUGGCGACAAAAGCCAUGGCAGUAUUAUUCGUAGUAUAAGGAAGGGAUCGUAGUUUAGUGACAUUCUAUUGACACACUUUUGGGUUAAAAAACUGCCUUUGAGAAAUAUUGCGACAGAAGUGGGUGUUAAUCCAAGUACAGUAACCGACUGGGUGAGCUUUUGUCGCGAGGUAUGUGAGGAAGCGUGUGUUUUGGCGAGUGAGAGCUUAGGCGGAGUGGGUAAAAUUGUGGAGAUGUACGAAUCCAAAUUCGGGAAGAGAAAGUAUCAUAUAGGCAAUCGAGUAGAAGGAAAAUGGGUGUUAGGAGGUCUUACAACUGUUUAGAGGACGAAGGGUUUCACUGCCUGACGGUGAAAAAAAUAACUAAUUUCAAACUUACCGCCACACGCCCUGAGCACAAUAAGAAGAAGAGAGUGACGUAACGUUUAAUCACACCUUUCUAUAUCCGCAUAAUUUUAAAGUACCCUAUAAGAAAAUUAAUUUCUCUAUUUUUCAUUAGUAUUUGUAACAUUCUAAAAAUUCCACACUCUUAAUAUGAAUUUUUAAAACAUAAAAUUAAACUUUUAAAAACAUAAAAUGUAACUUUUCUUAUAAACUUCAUUAAUUAUUCACAUGAAAUCUUGUUCAAACCGGUUGUUAAAAUAUUCCUUCGCUGCCGCCCAAAUAUUGAAUAAACACGCAAAUGACUUAUAAUGACGUCAUGGGUAUGCCGACACUUCAUCCAAUGAAAAUAAACAAUUAAAUAAACAAAAGGGAAAGACUCCUGCAUAUUAUUGAGUAAACACGGAAACGCCGUCAUGGGCACUGUUCUCAACAAUAGCCUGGUAGUCUAAUGCUCAUUUCCUGAUUAAAUUGAAAAAAUAAAAGCUUAAAAUGCUCUACAUUUUGAUACAAUUUAGUUCUUUUGCCUAUUUGGUAAAUUUUGGGUUAACAGUAUGGGUUUUGACAAGAGUUUUCUCACUCUAAGUGCAGUGACGUCACUUUGGGGAAUCCCAACACAGGACUUAGGGGGAAUAGACCUAUUCAUUGUAGGACCCAAGUGAUGUGUGUUACAACAUUCCUGUUCUUUAUUGAGCAUUACUCCCGUCAUAAACAAUACGGUUAAUAUAAAGUAAAGGGUAUUAAAAUGAAAUUUUCCAUUAAUUUCUAUUAAAAUUCAACUUAAACGUUUCAAAAGAAUGGAAUAAAAAGAAAGCACAUCCUUGCUAGAAAGACCCAACCCCGGUUUAUAAAAAAAAAAAAAGACGUGCAUCAAAAUUGCUGUAUUUUGAGUAGUUGAAAUGAAAAUACUCGUAGGUUGAAACUUCUGUAACAAAAAGGAGACUACUGCUUAAAUUGCAUUUGGAAUGAUCUUCUAGGGACUGGCAAGGGGAGGCCCCUCCCCUCACUUUAAAUACCGAAAUAAGAAACAAAGAAAUCCUCUGGCGAGGGGAGGCCCCUCCCCAAUUUAACAAAAAAUAUACAAUAAGAAUAGAGUAAGUUGCAUUAUGUGAAUACAAACACCGAAAUAUUUUUAGUAUGUCGCUGUAGACGGAAGUGGACCUGGGGGAACCUUUGUGACCUAUAUACCGUGGAACACAUCGUCGGCCUUAUCGUUAACCCAAAAUCAGCCUGGCUGCCUGUGCGGUCAAACCUUAAUUCUCAGCAAAAAUCUAGACUUAGCAAAAACAACUAAUUCCGGCAACUCUUACAACAUGGAACACAUAUGGAGCACAUUGAGACACAAGAAACACUGCAACCAGCCUAUCUCCCAAUCACCUUGACCAAAUGAGAAAGGACAAGAGAGAGAGGCUGACAAAUUUCGCAUCUCUCCCUCACUUUAGACAAAAUGCAGUGCAAGUCCAGGCUACGAGUACUCGAGCUUCGAGUGUCAAUUAUCCGAAACAUUGGUUAUCCGAAAUUCCUGUCUUUUUUAUUAUUAUCAUUGCUUGCCAUGCAUGUGGGGGCUCAUUGGUGUAUAGCAAACACAGGAAAAUAAUUCAAAUAAAACCAGUAUCUCUCUGAGUAAUCAGAAGUGUGGUGCAGUCCUAAUCGAAUGCUUCUAUCAAAAGUUUGGUGACACAAGACUAAGUAUGAACAGUUAAGCAUGCAACUUAUUUGUUGAUUAGCAGAGGAUCUGUGCUCAAGUCAUCCACUCACAACGUACAUAACCCUGCUAUAAUUCUUUAUUUGGAGUUCAAAAAUGGGAUCAUGAUUUUACUUUUGUCUAGAAGGCUUGUGUCCAGGUGCAUUUGGGGGGGAGGGGGGGGGGUUUCCCUUAAUGUUACCUUACCUAUUGAAAUGGAGAUUUUUGUAUCAGGGCCAUCCAGCUAUAAACUGGGUGAAAAGGAAUCUUAACCCUUUACAGUCCGAUGCGCCCGAAAUGCGCCGAUUUUUUCCUUAAGCGUACAGUCCGAUGCGGCCAAACCCGCCCGUUUCGAGGUUGUUUACUUUCGUUCUUAGCACAGCGGAAGUCCAUUGCGCAUUACUAUUUAUAGUUCUACCGGAAGAAAGCCUCGUUGUCGGCAUUUAUUUCGAUACUAGUUUGACCGCGGUGUGUUUAGGGGCUGAUUUUCUAUGAUUUUUUUAAAAGUCGCGAUUUUUUCGCUGUAAAAAAUGGCUAUCUAAGCCUUGGAUACAUAUUUGAAAGAACUUAGGCCUAAUGAAGCUUCACUAUUUCAUGAGUGGGAGGGUCUCUGAAACUAUUUUUAGGUUUAACUUUUGCUUUAAUCAUUUGUUUGUAUUUAGGUAUUUUUUAUUUUAUUUUGUUGCUUCUACUUUAUUUUCUGAAAAUUAAUUAGAUAAAAGAACCUUCAUUUAAAAUGGAGUUAUGUCCCUUUGCUUGGGCGCUGGGAGUAGACAAGGCUGAAUAGGUUGGACUGUAAAGGGUUAAGCCAAAUGAGGUGACUUUGAGAAAGUGCUAAUUUCCUACAAUUUUACACACCUUAUAACUCAUAGGAUAUUAACUAUCCGCUUCCUAGAUUAGACUUGUAGCUCCAAUCUGACCAAGCAGCUGUCAUUGUCUUAUUUUAAAUUGCUAAAAAUGUAUCCUUUCCCUGGAUUGAAAUAGCUUGUAAAAUAUAUUACUUUCAUCUCUUAAAUUGGAAAAGAAUAUGAUAAUAUUCUAAAGAAUAUGAUAAUAUUCUAAGUUUAAACACAUGGCUUGUAAACUUUUACCAUAGUCAGCAUGUCAUUUUAUUUGUAUUAUUACAUUUUUAUUAUUUCGCUAAGGUAAGUGCUUGGGUUUAUUUUUAAUAGUGAAAUUUUAUUUUACAAAAGCCAUUUUUAUCUGAUGGGCAAUUCUCGAGUAAUAUUAAUUUAAAUGAGCCAAACAAUAUUUGCAGAAUAUCCUGUUAAGAUAUUUACUAUCAUGCUUGGAUUGAUUUGUAGAGUAUUAGCUUUUUUUUUUUUAUAUGUAUAUAUAUAUAUAUAUAUAUAUUUCCUGAAUUACUUACGGAAACCCAGUACUUCUUAAAUCACAUCACUAUUCAUGAGGUGCAUCACUGAUGUUCAUUUUAUAAGUUAUGCAUCUUUCUAUAAAAUAAUUUUGUCUUCAUGUAUUGUCUAGUUUAUUAUGAAUUUUCUUUCAGGCUGGGAGCACAGAAGAUAUGCUGGUUGAUGACCUUGUAAGACUUUAUGAUACAUUUAUUUUUUAAAUUAACAUUUACUUAGAUAAAUAUCAUACAGCCAUGGAACAUUUAAAAUUUAUAUUUUUUUAAUUUGCUUUUGUGAUUGUCUAUUUACAUUGUAAACCAUUUUAUUAUUAUUUUAUUCUACAAUACAAACGUAUAAAAAAAUCAGAAAAUUAUAAUUGUUUGUAAAAAUUGGUAUAUAUUUCAUUAAAAGGAAUCGGAAAAUGAACUUGAAAUCACAUCAGUUACGAAAGAAGGUGAGAGGGCAGAUCCAAGCCACUUUGAAUUACUGAAGGUGCUUGGUCAGGGUUCUUUUGGAAAAGUAAGUUUGUAGAAUCAGUGCAUUUUAUUCAUUAUGGUUGAAAUUAUAGCUUGAAUAAUUUAUGAUAGUCAUUAGUGCUACAGAUUCACACCGAAAUCUAUAUGUAUUCAAAAGAAAAUGGACAUUUUGAAAGAAAAAAAGAAAUUCCUUCUCUUAAAGAUAACAGGCAGUGGGUUCACAUAUUGGUGAUUGUCAUCUCUAUCACAGUAUUCUACAGUGAAUUAUAAAAGGUUAAACUAUUUCAUUUGAGAAGGAAUGAAUAUGUUAUUCAUUAUCUUGUACAUAGUUAAAUUUGAAUUACAAAUUUUGUUACAGGCAGUGUUAAUCAUUUUCAAAGUUUUGUCAUUUGAAUCUCAAGACAGUUUUAUACACUGAAAAUCCAUCCUGUAACAGGGCAGUUUAAUUGUUUUUAAGUUUUAAUUUGCCAUUUAAAAACAAAAUAAUAAAUAUGCAUGUCUUGAAUUAAAGGCUAAAAGUAAUUAUCAUGUUUUUCCAAUAAAGGUUUUCCUUGUUAGAAAGAUCUCGGUACCUGAUGCUGGCACGCUGUAUGCAAUGAAGGUGUUGAAAAAAGCAACUUUAAAAGGUGACUAGUAACUUUUUUAAGAUUGUAAACUGAAUCUGCUUUUUUUUUUUUUUUUCUUAAUAAAUGGACAUGCGUACAAAAGUUAUAUAGUUGUCUUUUUAAAUGAAUGUUCCAUAGUAAACUACAGGCUUUAACAAUUGUCAUUAUCUAAUUAAAUAUUUCUUAAAAUAGGAAUGCAGAUUUUUAUAAUAUAGAUCAUGGAAAUUAGUUUACAUCCUAGGUAAAUUAAUUGUGUAUUAUUCAUGUUUUUCCUUAGUACGGGAUCGACAGAGAACUAAAAUGGAAAGAGACAUCCUUGCAGAUGUUAAUCACCCAUUUAUUGUUAGACUUCAUUACGGUACGAUCUUCUGAUUUAAACGACUUUCCUUUUUUUUUAUUUAAGUUAAAUAUAUAACUUUCUAGCUAGAUAUAUUAUUUGAAAUACCAAAUAAGAAUACUAACUUUAAAUUUUUUGCUUAUCUUUUAUUAGCAUUUCAGACAGAGGGCAAACUGUAUCUCAUUUUAGAAUUUCUUCGUGGUGGAGAUUUGUUUACCAGACUGUCAAAGGAGGUAUCCUGGGAAUUGCCCUUUAUUUUUUGUAGUUUACAUGGUGGACAUUUUUUUUUUUUUUUUGGAGUAGUUAAGAUGGUACACAUUUUAAAAAAAUGUAAUUUACAUUGUGCUCAUUAUUAAAUUUUUAUUGGUCUUUUAUUGAAACCAAAUAUUUUGUGUAGUUUUGUUUUUUUUUUUUUUACCCUUUAUUUUUUGUAGUUUACAUGGUGGACAUUUUUUUUUUUUUUUGGAGUAGUUAAGAUGGUACACAUUUUAAAAAAAUGUAAUUUACAUUGUGCUCAUUAUUAAAUUUUUAUUGGGCUGAUAUUGAAACCAAAUAUUUUGUGUAGUAUUGUUAUUUUUUUUUUCCCCACAGGUUAUGUUUACAGAAGAAGAUGUUAAAUUUUAUCUAGCUGAGUUGGCAUUAGCACUCGAUCAUCUUCAUGGCAUAGGCAUUAUCUACAGAGAUCUUAAACCAGAAAAGUAUAUUUUUUACUAUCUUCAUCAUAACUAUGUAAUUCAAUGUACUUCCGAAUUAUGAUUUUUUAAUUGUAAUUUUUAUUCAUUGGUGAAAAAAAAAAAUUUUUUUACCAUUUGACAGUAAAUAGCACCAGUUUUUAUUAUUUACGCUUCCAGAGGGUUAUUCCCAGUAUCAUAAGGGUGGCCAUGUUAUAGACAAGCCUAUAAUGAUAAUUCUUAUGAAAGUUAAUAUUAAUUCCAUGUUCAAAAAAGUUGUUAAACAAGCCUAAAUUAUCAUUCCUUUUUUAAUUUUUUUAUAGCAUUCUUCUUGACACUGAAGGGCACAUCAAACUGACUGACUUUGGACUUAGCAAAGAGUCAAUAUUCGAAGAGAACAAGACCUAUUCUUUUUGUGGUACAGUAGAAUACAUGGCCCCUGAAGUUGUCAACAGGAAAGGUCAUGGAACUCCUGCAGAUUGGUGGUCAUAUGGUGUUUUAAUGGUAAACAUUUUAUACUAUAGGCUAAUUAUAAUCAUUACUUUAAUAAUUUUAAUGAAUACUUUGACCAAUUCAUUUGAAGUUUUAAUAAUGUAUUCUCCCAUGACACCACAAAAUGUAUUUAGUAAAUUCCACGCGAAAAGUUAAAAAUUGCUCCUGGUUUUGCAGAUUGAGACUUGUGUUUUAAUAGUGAGAGCUUUGUUGUUUACUUAACCACAUUGUAAGCAUGGUGGACAAACUUAUUUUGGUGUUACCCAGUGAAAUGGGGGGGGGGGGGUGGGGUAAGUGUGUAGGGAUUAAAAAUGCAAUAUAAUUUUAGAAAUUUUAUUUUGUUCCUUUUUCAGUUUGAAAUGUUGACUGGUGCUCUACCUUUCCAAGGUGCUAACAGAAAAGAAACUAUGACUCAGAUUCUCAAGUAGGUUAACUUUAGGGAAAAAAAUAAUUUUAUUACAAAACAAGUAAACAAUGCCUUCUAUGAAAAGAAAUAAUGUCCCCUAAAGACAUUAAUGUUCCAAAAUUAAGAAGGCUGAGUCCAGGGCUGGAUUAACCAUUAGGCAAACAAGGCACGUGCCUAGGGCACCAAGCAUUGGGGGGCCCCACAAGUCCUCAAGAAAAAUGUGUAUAUUGUCCCGGUAGCGUAAUUGCAUGGCAUAAGCAAAUUGCAAAUGUAAUAUUGAAUGGCACAUUAUUUAACCUUGGUCCCAAAACCGGGGGGGGGUAAAAUAUCCCCGCCCAGUUUUUUUGCUAAUUUUUAUUAUUUUUCUUCGAGGAUUUUUUGUGCUAUUUUUUUACUUAUCUGGGAUUUGUUUGUGCUAAUGCGUAGCAACAAAUUCACUUCCAUUUUGGUCUGCUAGUGAAAAAAAUUGUGAAUUAUAAUUAGGGUCAGUCAAGCUCUACAAAAUGAGCACGUGAACUUGAAAAUGUGUUCUGAUUUGUAUUCUUCACUAGCAGAUCAGUUGCAUGAAUCUAGGAAUGAAUUUGAAAGAUUUGAAGAAGCUGCCAAAGAAAUUACACCAGGUGUGGAUUAUAAGUCAACUUUGACCCGUAAUCGUAAACGAAAGACAGUGGUCAAUGAUGGUGAUGCCUCUUAGGUAUCUCAGAAUGCCAGAGACAAAUUUCGUAUAUCUGCUUUCUACACCAUUGUUGACAAACUUGAGACAGAAAUGAGUAGACGAGGACAGGUGUAUAAUGAUCUAGCAGUUCGAUUUUCUUGUUUGGUGAUGUAAAACAAACAUCUCAGUGUUGUGAAGGACUAAUAAAGGCUUUUCCUGAUGAUCUGAACAAUAAUGUAUAUACUGAACUUCAACAGUUUCACUCAUAUAUUCGCCACAAGUUUCGUACAUCAAAAUCUGAGAACAACACGUUCAGUCAUGUAGAACUCUACAAAGUAAUAGAGACAACAUCGAGUGUGCUUUUCCAAAUGUAGAAAUCGGCCUGCGCAUAUUUUUAACAUUAAUGGUUACGAACUGUUCAACUGAGCGCUCUUUUUCUCAGUUGAAGCGUACAAUAAAUCCAAGUAGAUCGACAGUAAAACAAGAAAGGCUUGAUUCCUUAUCUUUGCUGAUGAUUGAGGCAGACUUGUUGCGCAAAAUUAUCUUUGAUGAUGUACUCAAGAACUUUGCCAGACGUAAAUCUAGAAAAAAGAACUUUAAAAUGUAAAUUUUCUAUAAGACUUUCUUAUCUAUCAAAAAAGUUACAGUAUUUUUGUCUACUAUUAUUACAAAAUUAAUUAACUAUUAAAUUUAAUACAGGUUUUAUAUGAGUGAUAGUACAAACAUAUGUGUUUACAUUUCACCACUUUUUUCUUUGUUAGUUUUUUGCAUAAUAUUGAACAAACCAGCAGUCAGUGGAGGAUAGGGGGCCCGAGGCAGUAAGGGGCACCCAUGUGGGUUUGUGCCUAGGACACCAAGAUGGCUUAAUCCGGCCCUGGUUGAGUCUAACAAAAUUUUUUUUAAUUCUAUCUGAAUUUCUGCCAGUUUGAAAAUAGGUUAACUGCAGAAAUAGUUACAAUAAGAAAAAUAAAUUUCACUUUGAUUUCAUUGUUUACAUCCAAUCCUAUAAAAUAUUCUUUUAGGGCCAAAUUGGGCAUGCCACCUUUUCUUAGUCCAGAAGCACAGAGUUUGUUGCGUGCAUUAUUUAAAAGAAAUCCAGCAAAUAGGUUGGGUAAGUGCAAAUUUGAACAAGAAAGACAAUGACAUAAUUUUAAUUAACGUAGCUUUAAUGAAUUCAUUAGAUCUUCUGGAUAUAUUUUAUAAUUAUUUUUGUUUUUUAAUCAUGAUUAGUUUGUAUGGUUUAAGUUUUUUUAUAAUUUGAUAAUUUUUUUAUAUUAUGUCCAGGUUCUGGUCCAAAUGGCAUUGAAGAGAUGAAAAAGCAUCCCUUUUUUAGUACCAUCAAUUGGCUUAAACUUUUCAAACGGGAGCUUCAGCCACCCUUUAAACCUGCUGUAGUUCAAACUGAUGAUGUAUUUUACUUUGACAAAGAGUUCACAUCUAAAACUCCUAAAGGUAAUAUUAGAAAUGAAAUUAUAAAUAUCACAUCAACUAAUUAGACAUUAUUUUAAUUUUAGCUUAUAUAAAAGGAGAACUUUUGAAAACCAUGUGAUGACCAUGUACUUGAUUAUUUCACAUGUUUUUCUUUGUAUUCUUUCUUCUCCUCCUUAUUGAUUUUUGUUUAAAUUUGUUUACUGGCAGUAGAAGCAAGAAAGCUGACGUGAAAUCAAUGUUCUUUUUCAUACUUUUUAACUUUUUUAAAUACAUGCUUUUAAAAAAAACUGUUUUAAUUUUUUAUCUUAACUUCAUAUCAUAGAUUCUCCUGGAAUACCACCUAGUGCUACAGCCCAUGAACUUUUUAGAGGCUUCAGUUUUAUUGCACCAGCAUUAUUGGAGUCAGAAAAUCUUCUGCCUCCUCCAGAACAUGCUGUCACAAAUAACAAUAGCCUUUCCAAGGUACUGUUACAUUUAUUGAUUUAGAGGAUUAUUAAAAUCACAAAUUACAAAAAUAUGAAAGGAAUUUAAAUCAUAAUUCUAUUCAAAUUCUUAAUUUUUCUCUUAAUUUUAUUCCACUGCAGCUUCCUGGAGUAAAAAUAAGUUCUUUUAGUGAUGAUUAUGAACUGAAAGAGGUAAGUAAUAUUCAAUUAAUAUACUGUUAACAAUAUGUAAGAAUAUGUUCUUUAAGUCAAGUGCUAAAGUUAAGUACUCGAUAAAAUAACAGACAUAGAUAAUUUCCUUUCAAUUGUUUUGCAGGAUAUUGGUAUAGGAUCUUACUCUGUCUGUAAACGCUGUGUUCAUAAAGCCUCAGGAAAUAGCUAUGCAGUUAAGGUAAUGUGUUAAUGAUUAUUUAUUGACAACACAAAAAUUUAAGUAUAUGAUUAACUUUUUCAUGCCCUUGUAUUUUAAAAACCGUCAGUGUCAUCCGAAUCGAACAAAUAGGUUAUCAUUUCUAUUUUCUAAUUUAUAGAUAAUGGACAAAGAUAAAAGAGAUCCUUCUGAAGAAAUUGAAAUUUUGUUGAGAUUUGGGCACCACCCUAAUGUGAUAACACUGCGAGAUGUAAGUAUAAUUCAGGAUGUCAAAAUGCAAAGUUUUUUCAGUAGGACAAAAGUAUCAUUUACUACAUCAUCGCCUGGAGGUGAUCAGUUUGAAUUCCUCCAUUGGUGGCAUUGACCUGUAAGCCCUGCCAGACAGCCAUUCAUGGGGAGCAUGUAAUCAUUGUAAAAUCAUAAAACAACUGACUUUGGAAGGCAUCAAUUUUUAAAUAUAAUUUGUUGCUACAGUGAAAUUAGUUGCUACAUGCUUUGCCAGGGCAAGAUUGUUUUGCCUAAUUAUUGUAUAAUUUAAUUUAUAUGUACAUAAAAUAUAUUAAAAAAGCUUCACGAUACAGUGGUAGUAUUUGUUUUUUUUAACUUUGCUUUAGUUUCUCUCCAAUUUUGAAAAAGCAUUUGUAUAAUAUUAUUCAAAUUUUUUUAUAUAGGUUUAUGAUAAUGGCAACAAAGUUUAUCUUGUUACUGAACUGAUGCGGGGUGGAGAGCUAUUAGACAAAAUAUUGCGGCAAAAGUUCUUCUCUGAAAGAGAAGCAAGUGCUGUUCUUCAGGUUAUAGCAAAGACUGUAGACUACUUACACUCAAAUGGGGUAAGUUAAAUGAAAUUUGACUAUAUUCUAUUAUAGUGCUUUGCAUAUGAUAACCCUUUACAGUCCGAUGCGCCGAUUUUUUCCUUAAGCGUACAGUCCGAUGCCGCCAAACCCGCCCGUUUCGAGGUUGUUUACUUUCAUUCUUAGCACAGCGGAAAUCCAUUGCGCAUUACUAUUAAUAGUUCUACCGGAAGAAAGCCUCGUUGUCGGCAUUUAUUUCGAUACUAGUUUUACCGUGGUGUGUUUAGGGGCUGAUUUUCUGUGAUUUUUUUAAAAGUCGCGAUUUUUUCGCUGUAAAAAAUGGCUAUCUGAGCCUUGGAUACACUUUUGAAAGAACUUAGGCCUAAUGAAGCUUCACUAUUUCAUGAGUGGGAGGGUCUCUGAAACUAUUUUUAGGUUUAACUUUUGCUUUAAUCAUUUCUUUGUAUUUAGGUAUUUUUUAUUUUAUUUUGUUGCUUCUAGUUUAUUUUCUGUAAAUUAAUUAGAUAAAGAACCUUCAUUUAAAAUGGAGUUAUGUCCCUUUGCUUGGGCGCUGGGAGUAGACAAGGCUGAAUAGGUUUGGACUGUAAAGGGUUAAAACAUACAUAAAAAUAUUUUUUUAAGAAUAUGACAUUUAACAAGUGUCAUUGAAAAUAAAAUAGUGCUUUGUCAAUUUUUUUCUUAUAAUAGGUUGUUCAUAGAGACCUCAAGCCAUCCAACAUCUUAUAUACUGAUGACAGUGGCUCACCUGAUAGCUUGUGCAUUUGUGACUUUGGAUUUGCAAAGCAACUGAGAGCAGAAAAUGGAUUGCUAAUGACACCAUGUUACACUGCUAACUUUGUUGCUCCUGAGGUACGUAGAAUUAUCUUUUAACAAAAUUUUUAAUAACCAUGUCUAAAUUUUUUUUCUCAUUUGCACUAAAAUUAAUGUUAACACUGAUCUAAGAUUUAAAAUGUCAUUUUCAGUAUAUAACAUGGGAUUAAAUAUCACCAAUUAUUAUUUUAUAGGUUUUGAAACGACAAGGCUAUGAUGCAUCAUGUGAUGUUUGGAGUCUUGGUGUUCUUUUGUAUACAAUGCUUGCAGGGUAAUUAUGGAUUUAAAUAUUUAAUUUGUUUUUCCUCCCCCCAAAACAAUUACAACAUACACUCCAUAUUAACUACUAAAUGUCUACUCCUUAUCAACUACUUCCUAUUGUUGCAAUAUAUGCUGUUGUGAAAUGAAUACUGAAAAUCAUAGGUUAUUAAAUGGCAUUUCAAUUUCAUUGGUUAUAACUUGAAUGAAUUAUAUUUUAUCAAUCUGUCAUGUAUAUUUUUUACACAUUCCCAGGCAUACACCAUUCGCAAAUGGCCCAAAUGAUACACCCAAUGACAUUCUAGCCAGAAUAGGAGAAGGAAAAUUUUCGCUGGUUGGUGGAAACUGGGAUUCUGUGUCUCCACAAGCUAAGGUAGCAAUUUCUGUAUUUUAUCAUCUAGAUUUAGUUUAAUUCUUUUUUUUUUUAGUAACGAUUUUAUUUUUUUCAAUUUUAAAAUGAAAUAAAUUAUUAUGAGAAAGUUAAAACAUAUGUACAAAAUAUAGCAUUGUUUAUUAACGAUCACCUAAUGUGAUAAAUUAGAGACUAUGAUAUGCCAACACUCCUCAGGAACUUGUAAAAAGAAUGCUGCACAUAGACCCUCAUAGUCGCCUGACUGCUGCUCAAGUGCUCAACCAUCAGUGGAUAUCUCAAAGGGACUCCUUGCCUCACUUAAGACUCACUCUUCAGGAUGCACAGCUGGUUAAAGUAAGUUUUUUUUCAUUAGACUAGCCCCAAUUGUAGAAAAGAAAAGGAAGCCUGAAACGUAGGGAACAUUUAGAUAGACAUUUUCCCCGGGUACGAGUUUUAGAACUAUUUGCCAUAUUCUUAUUUGUACAUUAUUCACAAUGAAACUUACCGAAUAUUGUCACAUGUAACGUGUUCCACAUAUAAUUCCAUGUCUGUGUAUGAUGUGAUAUGUUGAUCUAAUAUAAUACAAUAAUUUUACUUUAUUUUUACAAUAUUUAAAAUGAACUGCUGUCAUACCGAUACAACUAUGUUAAUUACCCCUUUAAAGGGACGCAGCUAACAUUAAUGGUGUUAUGUGCUGAUCCUUUGCGCACUCUAUCACUGAAUGGUUAAAUAGGCGUAAGUAGGGUUAUGAUAAUAUAUCGUUUAACAGUAAUAACAAAAUUUCUUGAACACCCUUAUAAUGCGAACACCUUUAUUUUAAGACUUUAUAUCCACAGCCCAUAUAGUAAAAAAAAAUUAUAAUUUCUAUCCACAUGAUAGUAUGGUGAAAAAUAAUGCUAUAAGAUGGUAAACUGAAUAACUUUGUAAAAUGGGAUGAUGUUGAUUACUAAUACUAUAGCUAGCAUAAUUAACUGAUUAUCUAUAAUCACAUAUAAAUUACUAUCAGCUUCAUUUUCGAAUGCAUUUAUUUUUUAAAGUGCUAUAGAUCAGUUUAAAAAUUGAGGACUCAAUGAUUCAUUUUAAUUACUGAAGAAGUUCCCCUGGGGGUAUGACUGAACUCGGUUUAAUUGUGUAUCUUUGUUACAAGCAUCAACAUCACAACUAAAUACAACCUCUCUUUAUCAAGUCUUCAUCAUUUACUCACAAAGGGCGAUUUAAGAUAACUCAUAAAAUCUUCUAGUCAAAUGUCUAAGCCUGACCAAUUUUUAUGUCACUACUGUCACACAACAAAUUUUGUGCACUAUAAAAAUGUUCCAUGCAUUUCAUAUUAAUUCCUGAAACAAAUGCUUUUUUUUUCCCUUUACUUUCAAAACUGUUUUAUUGUCUCCUUGUAGGGAUCAGUUGCGGCUACUUUUAAAGCCCUAAAUUCACAGAAUCUAAAGCAAGCUACUCUUGAACCUGUUGGUGCUUCCAGAUUAGCUCAACGACGAGGAAAGCCACGUCCUAAAAGCUCAACAGAAUUAUAACAUUGACAAUUUCUUCACUUCUUUCAAAUGUGUAGGUAAAGCCCCAUGGAACAGCUAAGCAAUGCUUAAAACAAUAUAAUUAGCUUCAAUAAGCAAUUGUAUCCUUCACUUUCAUAUUACAAGUAGAAAGCUUCUUCAGAGCACAUAUCAUCUAAAACAAAUAAUAAAAGUUAGCAAGAUUCUUGUAAUGAUUAGUUAUAAUAAAUGUGGCAUUAUAUAUUCUACCUAAACAUUUUCUAAUACACCCAAAAUAGAUCUAAAGAUGUAUAGCAUUUUAAAAUUGUGUUUCAGUUUAUGAUUGUUAGAAUAUUUCUAUAAUAAUUAGACUUCAUCUUGUCAUGUUUUGCAAACUAAACCAACACAUAUCUCAUUAGCAUUUAACUUAUCCACCUAACCAUAAAUUUAUUUAAACAUGAUCAAGACUUUGGCAUUACCAUUUUUUUUAUACCACUUUAUCCUUAGUGGCAUUAUACACCUACAUAAGCUAAAGUAGGACUUAAUAAAUAUAAAGUUUCAAACAAGCAGCACAUUGUGCUGUUACAAUUCCAGUCAGGCUUUUAAUUUUUUGUUGCUGUGAACAUGAAAUAUUCAAAUUAACCAUGCAAAUUUAAAACCUUGAGUGGAGAAGAUCUGAGUUAGUUCUCAUGCUCUAGAAAUGUAUGAAAGAAAGCUUUGAAAUUGUUGCAGAUUUAAUGUGUGAAAUUCAUUUUUGUUAUUUUACUUUACAAAGUUGGUUAUUUUUGUUCUAUAAUCGUAAAGAUAUGGCUGGUAUUUUAGAUUGAAUAUAUCUUAUAACUUCACCAUGGCUUAGACACAUGUCAUGAUAUUGUAAGUACUGUCUGUGUAUAUAUUUCAGGAUAAAUUUCACCACUUUUUGGCUGGAUUAGAAACUUGCACAUAUUUUAAUGCUGCAAAUUGAAUUUAGCAUAAUGAUGAUAAUAAUGGCUUACAAAAUUGACUAUAUUUGGGGGAUUUAUUUGUUACAAUGCACCCUCUGUUAUGUCCUGGUUCAGCUCACUGAUAUAAUGAUCUACUUACAUUUGUUGCUUUGCCAUGUUUUUUAAAUGUAGAAGGCACCUUCAAAACAAAAAAUUUAAAAAUUAACAUGUCAAGGAUAUUUUAGUGGUUGCUCAAAUUUUUUUGUAGAUUUAUUUUUUUAAGUUGUGGCUCUUUUUUUUUAUAAUAUGAAUUUUGUGUAACAUGUUUGCUUUUGUAUUUGUUAUGUUUGAUGUAAAGGGACUCAGUUUGAGUUGAGUAGCUUUUGGUUAUAGUUUAUAGACUUGGAAACUAUGUUUUAGUUGCCAUUACAUCUUUUACACAACCUGUUUACUUUACUCAGUGCAUGUCAUCAGAAUUUUAAAUUGGUACUUUUUGUCAAUAUUAGUUAUGUUAAAUAAAUUAUGCUUAGUUACUUGAAUUGAGCAUCUAAUGAGUUUCCUGUAAUAAUGAUAUUUGCGAAUAUAUAUAUAUAUUAACAAUAAUCUUUGCACACCUAGCUUUUAAGCAAGGACCUGAAAUUGAUAGGAAUAAAAACAUACAGAAUUGGUAUAAUAUGCCUCCAGCGCUAUUAUUGAUUGUUUUGUCUUUUGUUCCAACAAAUCAUCAAUCCAUUAGUGUGCCUUAAAUCAUUGAUCUAUUAUAUUAUGAUUGUCUAUUUUCACAGAAAUGUUUAGUCACAACAGUAUUGUUCUUGCUAGCUCUUACUAAAUAAUUGUUUCUCAUUUAAGUACCAUUGCUAAUUGCAUAAGAAAAACUAACUGGAACAUAUCCUGUUGUUGAAAUAAAUGAUCUUUUAAAUAAUGUUUGGGAAUCAUUUAACCAAAUGGAAACAUAACCAUAAACAAAUUUUUCUCAUCCCUCUCGCUUGCUGCAUUAAGAGUUGUAGAAUUUAUCUUAUAUAUAUAGUCUGCAAAUGGUGGGAUUCAUUGUUUGAAGAAAGGAUCAACAAAGAUGUUGCAUUUCUUAACUGAAAUUUCUUCAUUUAAAUUGCUAUAUAAUUGUUAGAGGCUUAUAUAAUUGCGCCAAAGCUUAUAUAAUUGCGCCAUGUAUGUUUAGCCUUUUGUUCAAUUAUACUUUUUUUUUACCACUGUACCUUUAAUGGAUUUUAUGACUAUCAAAGACUUUUGCUUAUUUUAUUUUUAUAUAUUUUUUAUAAAUAAAAUGGUAACCAUUUUCAGUUUUCUGUAAACUAGACUAAACAUAUAUUUAUGUGAGAUGAGGCGCUAUCAAUGUUUGGUUCCAGAUGUGAUACAAUUGAGAUCUUUUCUUUUUUUUUGUGUUGCCCAUGUACGAGACAUUUUAUGUCAAAAAAAACUCCUGAUUUACUAUUAUUGUAAUGUUUGUGUGAUCAUAUCUGAUAACUUUGUACAUUUUAAGCUUCCCACAAUUAAUAACAAAUUAUUAUAUUCAGAGCUGUGAUGGAUGAGCUUUAUGUAAUAAUGUCACUUCCCUCAUUCAGUGAAGAAUCGUUUGCCACCAUAAGCUUCCUUAAGAGGCCACUUUGUGUAAUGCUGGUUUCAGAAAGCGUUGACAGUGUUUGCCUAUGUUCCUCUAUGACUAAUGCUUAAAACAGCAUUGAAAUGUCUUGUGAGUACAAUAGUCGACCUCCAUUAUGUGCUGUUUACCGUCUGUUGUGCACCAAUUCAUUUUAUAUAUAUAUAUAUAUACAGAGAUUUUCCAAUGACAAGGUUACAUAUCAACUACUACUCUUCUCUACAGGUCCAACACUAAUGUAAACUAAGAAAUCUACAGGGUGAGGGGUGACUGCAGGCAGAACUACAUACUAUGUUGUGAUACUGCUUUACAAACAAUCAAUGUGUCAGAGUGCAAGAGAAUCCUGUUUAAAUGAAACUUCUUUGUUAAAUGUGCUGGCUGUGCUAAUUUUUCUAGUCUAAUUUUAUCUGCUCUUGAUUCUUCUAUAGACUUGGUGGUAUCUCCCUUUUUUCUGCUUCAAUACUAAGUGAUUUAAUCAUGCAGAUGGUUGAAAUAUUUAUUAAUUUAAUUAACUAUAGUUAUGAUUUGUUAUGUUAUACCUGUGUUACAGCUGACUAAAACUUACAAAAUGAAUCUUAAUGCUGUGUCAGCUCAUUAAAUUUCUUAUCACAGUCUGCAAGAAAGAAGAACAAAAUUUAAUUUUUUAUUGAAGUCCAUGUGUAAACUUGUCAUGGAGAUAUGCCAGUUAACUGAAAGUGUAUCCAAAAAGGACUGCCUGUGAACUUUUUUUGUUUUUUCUAUUCUGUACACAUUUAGGUCACUGGUUUAACUGCAGGGUCUAUUUUGGGCGAAGACUGUCUAAAUUAUUUUCAUUUUUACAAGUUUGCAACAAACUUCUAAUUAUGUAUAUAAAUUGUACUCUAUCCGAGACCUCCACCUGUGCUAGUUUUGAUUCGGUCAAAUCUAGCUACAGAUGAUCUGGGAUGGCAUCUUUAAGACAUUUUUUGCAAUACUAUUCCUUAUCUGUAACCCUUUCUUGUAUCUUCUGUCCUACCACUUAGCUUAAAUAACCUUUUGGGUCAAGUGAGGUUUUGUUUGUAUGGGCAUGAAAUAAGAGAAAUAGUGUUAUGUUUGAAUAUAUGUGCCAACAAAAAGCUGUUUCUGUAUGAAAGUUAUUUGUGAAUGUGAAGAAUGUUUCAGCAUUAAUACAUAACAUGGGAGAUUACUGUAAUAUAAGUGAAAUAUGGCAGAAAAUUGGAACAUUCUGUCUUCCUUGUUUUUUCAUGGGAGAUUACUGUAAUAUAAGUGAAAUAUGGCAGAAAAUUGGAACAUUCUGUCUUCCUUGUUUUUUCUUUUGCUAUUUUUGCUUUUUACAAUAACAAAAAAAAUAAUGGAUCAAAUACUUGCAGUGACAUAUUUACAAUUGAAAUAAAUAACUAAAUACUUUCUUGGAAGGUUUUGUCAUGCAAUUCUAUUUUUAAGACACCCAGACUUUGGUACUAUUCAUAAUUAUUUUUUUUUUAAAUACCAUUUUAUUUAGGGUUUUUAAACUUGAAAACUUACAUCAAAAUGUAAGUAAUGAAAUGGUGUAAUUUUAAAAUUACAUUUUUUUGUUCAGUUGUUGACCUUAUUUGUACAAGUUUGAAAAUCAUCCAGUUAUCUAUCAUUAUAACAAGAUGACAUUGAGGAAAUGUCUGAAUUUUUUAUAUUAUUAUUUUUUAAAAGUUUAUUUUAUUUUCUCACUAAACAUUGUUCUGACUAACCUUUUAGAAGUCCUCAUUUCUUGAUGACAUCCUUUUUUGUGCAUCUCAUUUUUUUGUUCUCAUUUAAUGCUUUAACCUUAAUAAUGCAAAAAUUAUGCCAAACAUUUUACUAUCUUUUCAUAGUUGUAAUGAUUCAUUGUGUAGAAAACUUUGAUAACUCUAGUUAUGAUGAUGCUCAUGUUGAUUUGUUUCUCCUCUGCCCAAAUGACCAUACUUUCUUCUAACCACCUAGUGAAGUGUUGACCUACAUCCAUCUUAUAAUGACAUUGUAAAUACAGAUCUCACCAAUUGUACAAAUGGUUGAUUUUUUUUUCCUCCUCCCUUUUUGCCUUUAUUAAUAAAGUUUAAAAAAAAAAAAAAAAAAAAAAUUUUUAACAAAAAAAAAUAAUAUUUUCACCACCAAAAGUCAAUGCCAUAGAGCAGAUUGUAAUGGCUUGUAGGAGCCAAAAUCAUUUAUUCUAUAUAAUCAAUAAUAACAAAUUAC